CCUGUUUUCCACACGGUGGAAUAUUCCAGUGCCACGCGAUAAGCCAGUCUCCACCUUCGCUCUGAAGCGUCUGCAACGCUCCUCUGAUUGAAAACAUGGCUGGUGUUCAAGCUGCUUCUCGCCUCCUGUCAAAGAAGUUACUUUACUGCAGGAAGGCCGUCCCUGUGACAGGAGUUCAAGGUUCGAGGAAUUUGCACUUCUCCAUCUAUGGCAAGAAAAAUGCAAAAGUUUCUGAUGAUGUCUCCAAUCAGUACCCAGUUGUAGAUCACGAGUUUGAUGCCGUGGUGGUUGGUGCUGGAGGAGCGGGACUCCGGGCAGCUUUUGGCCUGUCUGAGGCUGGCUUUAACACUGCCUGUGUCACAAAGCUUUUCCCCACUAGGUCUCACACUGUCGCGGCACAGGGUGGAAUCAAUGCAGCUCUCGGCAACAUGGAGAAUGAUGACUGGAGGUGGCAUUUCUACGACACUGUGAAGGGUUCUGAUUGGCUCGGGGACCAGGAUGCCAUCCACUACAUGACAGAGCAGGCUCCCGCAGCUGUCGUGGAGUUGGAGAACUUUGGCAUGCCUUUUAGCCGCACAGAAGAUGGUAAGAUCUACCAAAGGGCAUUUGGAGGUCAGAGUCUCAAAUACGGCAAAGGAGGCCAAGCCCACCGCUGCUGCUGUGUUGCAGACAGGACUGGACAUUCGCUGCUUCACACUCUUUAUGGACGGUCGCUGCGUUACGACACCAGCUACUUUGUAGAGUAUUUUGCGCUGGACCUGCUGAUGGAAAAUGGCGAGUGCAAAGGCGUGAUCGCGCUCUGCAUGGAGGAUGGAUCUAUCCAUCGCUUCAGAGCUCAGAAUACUGUCAUUGCUACUGGGGGUUACGGUCGAACCUAUUUUAGCUGCACAUCUGCUCACACAAGUACUGGCGAUGGAAAUGCCAUGGUGACCAGAGCAGGACUGCCCUGCCAGGAUUUGGAGUUUGUACAGUUCCAUCCCACUGGGAUCUAUGGAGCCGGUUGUCUGAUCACCGAGGGCUGCCGUGGCGAGGGAGGCAUCCUGAUAAACAGUGAGGGCGAGCGCUUCAUGGAGCGCUAUGCACCCAACGCCAAGGACCUGGCAUCGAGAGACGUGGUAUCUCGCUCCAUGACCAUUGAGAUCAGAGAGGGCAGGGGUGUGGGUCCAGAGAAGGACCACGUAUAUUUGCAGCUACACCACCUGCCUCCUCAGCAGCUCGCCACGAGGCUGCCCGGCAUCUCCGAGACGGCAAUGAUCUUUGCCGGAGUGGAUGUCACUAAAGAACCUAUCCCCGUCCUGCCCACCGUCCACUACAACAUGGGAGGCAUACCUACAAACUACAAGGGCCAGGUGAUCACUCAUACUAACGGCGAGGAUAAAGUGGUUCGCGGACUGUACGCCUGUGGAGAGGCUGCCUGUGCAAGUGUUCACGGUGCCAACCGACUGGGCGCUAACUCUCUUCUGGACCUGGUGGUCUUUGGCCGAGCCUGCGCGCUCACCAUCGCUGAGGAGCACAAACCUGGAGAGGCACUUUCCCCUCUUCAGUCCAGUGCAGGCGAAGAGUCUGUGGCCAACCUUGAUAAGAUGAGGUUUGCCAAUGGAAGCAUGAGAACCUCUGAAAUAAGGCUCAACAUGCAGAAGGCCAUGCAAGCUCAUGCUGCCGUGUUCCGUACCGGUUCUGUUCUGAAGGAGGGAUGUGACAAAUUGGAUACAAUUUACCAGACAUUGGAAGAUAUCAAGACAUUUGACAGAGGCAUUGUGUGGAACACGGACCUGGUGGAAACACUGGAACUGCAGAAUCUAAUGCUGAAUGCUGUCCAGACCAUUCAUUCGGCUGAACAGAGGAAGGAGAGUCGGGGAGCUCAUGCCAGAGAGGACUUCAAGGAUCGCAUUGAUGAGUACGAUUACUCAAAGCCCUUGCAGGGUCAAAAGAAAAAGCCCUUCGACCAGCACUGGAGGAAACACACUAUGUCCUAUGUCGACCCCAAAACUGGCAAGGUGACCUUAGAGUACCGUCCCGUCAUCGACCACUCUCUGGACGAACAGGACUGCGCCCAUGUCCCUCCCGCAAUCCGCUCUUACUAAGAAAACUCCUCCAAUCAUGACGGUACUCACUAAAUGUUCAUUCACAAACUAUUUAUGGG